AUGGCUUCCCACGGCCACCAGAUGCCUCAACGACAUGCCCCUCAGCAGCAGGGCUACGCUGUCCAUGCUGGUGGCGCUGCUGUUGCUGCUGCCGGCGCCGGGCCUGGCCAUGGCUACCGUCCCGGCGGCGGCGGCGCUCCCGCAGGCACCUUUGCUCCGGGCACCAAGAUCCAGGUCGGCAGCCACCGCGUCGUGAUUCAAAAGUAUCUGUCCGAGGGCGGCUUCGCCCACGUGUACCUCGUCAAGCUCCCCGCGCCCGUCGACGGCACCGAUCUCGCCGUUCUCAAGCGCGUUGCCGUCCCCGAUAAGGAGAGCCUGCGCGCCAUGCGCACCGAGGUCGAGACCAUGAAGCGCCUCAAGGGCCACCGCCCCAUCGUCGCCUACAUGGACUCGCACGCCUCGGAGCUGCGCGGCGGCGGCUACGAGGUCUUCCUGCUCAUGGAGUUUUGCGACGGCGGCGGCCUCAUCGAUUUCAUGAACACGCGCCUGCAGCACCGCCUCACCGAACCCGAGAUCCUCAACAUCUUCGCUGACGUCGCCGAGGGCGUUGCCUGCAUGCACUACCUGAAGCCCCCGCUGCUGCACCGCGACAUCAAGGUCGAAAACGUCCUCAUCACCACGCGAUCCGGAGGCCGUCGCUUCAUGCUCUGCGACUUUGGCUCAGCCGCGGUGCCCCGGCCUGCGCCCACCUCGGUCGUCGAGUGUCGGCUAAUGGAAGAGGACGUCCAGAAACACACCACCUUGCAAUACAGGAGUCCCGAAAUGGUCGACGUCUACCGAAAGCAGCCCCUCAACGAAAAGGCCGACAUCUGGGCGCUCGGCGUGUUCCUAUACAAGCUUUGUUAUUAUACCACACCGUUCGAGGACCAGGGGCAGCUUGCUAUUCUGAACGCGAGCUACCGGUUCCCCAGUCAUCCCAAUUUUUCCGACAAGAUCAAGAGACUCAUUGCAUCCAUGCUCCGAGAGGAUUUGAAUGCUCGACCGAAUAUCUACCAAGUAGUGGCUGAGGCCUGCACCAUGCAGGGCCGCAAGAUCCCAAUUCCCGAUAUCUACACUGGGCGUUCUGAGUCGGCAUCUCCCUCGAAGCUCAAUCGCGCGUCGCACCAAGAAGUACCGAAACCAGUAGUUGGCGUAUCGGUAUCCGCACCGGCUCAAAGCACGGAGAAGCUGCCCGAUAUAACACCCAUGCGCCGCGGGAGACCACAACCAUCGCCGGCCCCGUCCCAGCAGACAGCAUCAGGUGACUCCUCAAAACGAGUGGCAGACGGCGAUCCAUUCGCCGCAUUGGAUGGGACGUCAGAAACCAAGGCUCAGCCGUUUCCAUCCGACGACAUCUCGGACCGAUUUCCCAGUCUGAAUCAAUUCUCAUUGCUUCAUCAUAAGGGAAGCAAGUUUGAUUUUGACCCUCAAAGCCCAACCACGCCGAAACCGACUGUGGCCCCCAAAGUGAACAUGGCGGACAAGCUGGCCGACUCGGCCUUUGCUGCAUCUAGACAAGCAGCUCCUGUACCUGCAACAGUGGAGCGACCUCACUCUGUCACGCCGGUCGUGAGCAAGCCACUUGCUUCGCUGCCAGCGACGUCGUCGGCUUCUAUGCAACUAUCAGCAUCUCAACCUGUCAGUGGUCGGCCUGUGCCUAUACAGCCGCUCGCACCUUCGACUGCUGUUUCCCGAUAUGUAUCAACUGGUACGAUGACGUCCGAUCCAUUAGAUGAUAGAAAACCUAUUGCUGCAGUACCCCCGGCUCAGAUAGCGACACAAAAGCCCAUUAUGCGCUCGGCCUCUGUUGCCGUUCGCUCGACACCUUCUGCUGCUUCUGUACAGGCUCCCAGACCACAAGUCCGCCCAGAUACACCUGAAACUCCCAAGUUUGAGAAUGUGCGUGGCUACUCGGAGUUUAAUGCGAGCCGACCCCGGCCCGUCAGCACCAACUUUGACAGCCGGCAGCAAUCUUCAUCAGAUCGCAACAAAGCACCAACUCAGAGUUUUGCGGCUCCCUUGCGCGAUGGAUUUGAACAUGUUCAAAAAGAGCCUGGCGCCCCCGGAAACUCUAAACGAAGCAGUGUUUACCUUGAGGCCAAUAAUGUCAAUACCCGACCGGACGAAAAGCCUCGCGAUGGUGCUUUCGGAAAUGCAUUUAGCAAAUUUGAGCAGGUCUCCUAUGUUACUGGUGAAAAGAAGCAGCCGGCGCAAACCUGGGCGCCACCAAACGACUCACUCAGCCUCGAUAACAAGGAGGAGAAGAGUAGUGGCGAUGAUAGCGAUGAAGAGCUGACGCCGGAAAUGCGCCGUGAGCGCGAGCGUCUGCAGCUAGAGGAAGAAGAGCAACGGGUGGCCGCGGCGCAGUCUGAGUACCGGCAGCGACUUGUCGGCGCAGCGCAGGGAAAGAAACCUGCUCCUGGGCCAAAGCCCAACAGCAUACAAAACAGAAUGCAGGCUUAUAUGGGAGAGGAACAGGCGCAAAAUACCGUAGCACGGACGGCUGAAGGCUACGGCAAGUAUGCAGAUGCGGCCACAGCUGCCAGCAAGCCCAAGCCGCAAGUCAAACGAAAGCCUGUGCUCGAUGGCAUCGCCCGCUCAAGUACCUUGCCACAGGCGACAACGUCCGCGGCCAAAGCAGACAUUACGCCCGUUGCAAGUGCACCAUCUCUCACGGGCCUCAACAAAUCUACACCUCGGCCGCCGCCCAAGAAGCCAGAAUAUCUGAACAGCAUUCCCACAGGUGCCGGCGCCAGCGGACGGUCGCUCUCGCCGGUAAAGAAUAGGUUGCAGAACCAGCCAGAGCAGCUGGUUGCGGAAAAUUUGCCCGGACAGCCAGCCCUGGAGUGGUCUGCGCAAGACAAGGAAGAUUAUAUAGACGAUUUCUCGAAACGAUUUCCUAGCCUAAGCGCUAUCGAAGGAGGUGGUGGCGGCAGAUAG